CAGCGAGAGCUGAAACCAGAUCUGGAGGUUUGUUUCUUGCUGUUUCUGAAGAUAAGUAGAACAGGAUGGUAAUGAACCUCAAUCACAGCAGCCAAACAUGCUGUGCUUCUGUCAGGCCAAACGUGCAACUAGCCCAGCUUUGUAUCUCUGACAGUGCCCAGUGCACAAAAACUUUGAAACAAAGAAAGGGAGCCUGCUGAUUCCAUGGAUCUGGUAAGUGAAACUGUUUGGAAGAUGAGGACAGGAACAGUAUUGGGUUGUUAAAGACUAGCAAAGUAGGAUACUUGAAAUUUAACAAGCAUAUCUAAAUGUAGCUGGCCUAAUGUUGACAGCUGUUUGAGUAGAUACACUGGAAAGACACGUGAGUGGUGUGAGCUAAGCACAUGAACAGAUACGGAAUGACAGAUGUGCAGCUUCCUUUUCCCCUUCCCUUCUGCCAGCUGAGGGGGUGCCUUGCCAGGCUGCACACUGGGGCGCGCAGAUAGAUUUGAACCAUGUCAUGCACAAGAACUCGUAGGAAUACACAGCACCAAUACUCAAUGCAGAUACAUGCCACAGUGUAAAAGAAGACUCUGCCUUCUUGCUUGCAAUAUGUCGCCGUUACAUUGCUUGCCAGACUGCCAGAAUUGAGGCAAAGAAGUUAAUCAGAGAGAAACCUUGGAGCAGAACAGAGCUGCUUAAAGAAAGCGUGCAAAACAGUACAGAAUUACUUUCCUAGUAUACUAGCUUCACAGUCUAGUGUAAGGGCUUUGUGUGGGCCAGGGGCUUGUGUGCAUUUGUUAGCAGUAUUUUAUAAGCUUUCCUUCUGUGUGGAUCCAUCUACUUGGUUUUUUGUUUUUUGUUUUUUUAAUUUAUUUAUACUUUCAGUUACCCAGAUCAUCCCUGGAGCCACAAAUCUAAUUGUGCAACACAAAAAAGUGUAAUUUUGUUGUUUUCAAACUCCUACCUGAUAAAUUAAUUUGAUGUCUCCUAGUUCUAGUGCUGUAAGAAUUCAUGUCACCUUCUUCAUGUGUCUCUCAUACCGCUACUUAAAUGUCUCUUUCCCAAGGUGAAUCAUUCUCAUCUAUUUAGCUUGUCCACCAAAAGACGCCAUUCUGAGCCAUGGCUGUCUAGUCAUCAUUUUCUGUAUCAUUUGUGAUUCUCCAGUUGUUUUUAAGAUUGAGGACCAUUACAGCAUUCAAUAUUCAAGAAUCAACUGAAUGCUUCUGUUAUAUUUAACUUUUUGAAUAGCAUUGAUUUUUCACAGACUUUUCUGCAGUGACUGCUAAGUUUUUUCUUUGAAUGGUAAUAACUUAUUUACAUCCCUCUGUAUAGUUAUGGUUGCUUUUCCAAAUUCAGUAAUUCACAAUUGGCAAUAUUAAAUUUCAGCUGCCUCUUUAUUGUGGUGUCAUUCAGUGUGCCACUAUCUUCCCACAGUUCUUCUAGAAGGAGAAAAUAUAGAAGACAAGAGAGUGUCAAAGGGCCAACUUUAGAAGGCACAUGAGGAAAGAUGCACAAACAGCACUAGGGCACUGGGAAUACAUCUCCCAUUCAAUUCCACUGAGACUUAACCAGCAGAGAACAUAACAUUUUUAAACAAGCAUCUCUGGACCUAGGAAGUACAAAGCAUUGCCAAAAAUAGCUAACGCUUUGGGGUUUCUUUUGGUUUAUUUGUUUGUUUUUUAAAGGAUUAAGUAGGGAGGUUGAAAUCUUGAAGGAGAACAUAUUUAAACUCGGGCUAUGAAAGCAAUAGCAGAAAUCUUAGCUGGAACUCCACAAUGUUCAGUCAUAGGAGAUGUACAAAUAAAAAGGCCUACACAAGCAGAGUGAAAUGUACAGUUCUUGCCAAUCCAUAGGUAGCCUCAUAAUAAACCAUGCGGAAGAAUCAUUUGGGCUUUUGUUUUGCAGUUGUUUUGCUUAUUUAAGAAAAAAUAAAAAUAAGGCAUUGUCCAAGAAUGUACUUAAUGGAUGGACCAAUAUUUGGAAUUUUCCUUCUCUGCACAGAAGGUACAGGGGAAACGAGUCUCACAGAACAACUCAUGAGAUAACUUAAAGGUUAAUCUCAAGAUUAUUUUUACAAAACAACCCAAAUACUACUACAAAUGGUGUUUCCUUCCCAGAAGAUGCCCUGGCAAAACAUUGGACCUGAACACUCAACCGGUACAGAGAACCUGUUACUGUGAAAAGCUAGUUUUUAAUUACAUAUGAUCUAUAAAUGUGCAAGUUUUGCCAAGCUUUGUUCCCUGCUUGAUAUCCAGAGUUUAUUCUUACCUGAUCUUACUCAGCAAUGUACAAAAAUGCACAGUUCAGAAGAGAAAAUGGAUACAGAAGAGAAAGAAAGAAUGCAGCGUAGUGAUCUGGGAUUGCCAUCAAGGCUGCAAGUCAAAGUCUGGUCUGAUCUAAGUAACCAUUUUAUGGAAGUUAACAAAAUGCCUCUUUUCCUCCUGGCACUAUCUCCUUUGAGUGUCUUCGUUAUUGGGCCCUUUUUGCUGAGGUGCAAAAUGUUUCAGCAGUCAAACAGCUUAAAAGGUUCAUCGGUCUGGAAUCCUCUACAAAGAGGUGCUACGUCAUCUCACCACUGUCCAGGGCGAGCUGGCUGGAUCAGUGUUUGCUGCAGGGGAGAGGGUUUAACUGGGAAGAUCAGAGCUGGCCUCUUACAAAGGAGAGUUUGAGUAGAGCCAGGCACAUGGUGAGGAAAAGGCUGCGUGUCCCUUUGCCAACAGGAGCCAAUGGGAGGAGUAUCCUCCUGCACACACUUGCUGCCUGGGUCUGAGGAGUCCCCAGGAAAGAUGUCAGCUGAGCAUAAGAUGCAGCUAGAGGAAUUUUCGUGGCAGGCUGCUGCCAGCCUGUCCAUCUCUGGGGUGCAGCCCAGCCCUGGCCUGCCUUCCUGUUUCUGCUUUCAGAUUUUGUUUGUGUUGGAGGCAGCAUUACUGUGUUUCAGAGAGACGUGCUCAGGCGUGGAACUCUGCUCCAUCCUGGUUCAUUUUCCAGACUGAAACCAAAAUAGCAAGGCUGAUUCUUGAAUGUCUGAGCUUUGUCACUUCUGCUAGCAGUCUGGAUUUCCCAGAUUGGAGGGGUGAGGGGGAACCCUACUGUUGCACAUAUGAAAUGCCUUGCCCUACAUGCUUUAUCUUUUUAUAGUCUUGUCACGAUUUGUGCUAUCAGCAUUUCAGUUAAACCGCUUCUGACUUUUCAUCAGUCAAGUUCCUUCUUAAAAACAACAACAAAAAAAAACCCCAACCAACAAGAAGUCUUGAAAUACCCUGAAAGGUCAGAAAUCAGAUUUAAAUCCCUUUGAUGUGACCAGUUAUGGUUUGCCAAGUACAGUGUUUUGUAUUUGGUAAACUAAGCUGUCUCAGGCUGGGACAGCAGCUGAUCUGGAUUGAUAAGAAUCCCAGAAAUGGCAUUGUCUGGGUGAAUGUGCUGAUCUGAUAAAACGUGGAAAUGACUACAAGAUAACAGAUCAGACACCUGAUGGCAGGAUUUGGAAUUAUGAAUUACAUCAAGCAAAGGUCAGUGUUAUACCAACAGGCAAGACGUGAUCUGGUUGUCGUAGGGAGGCUGCAGUGAAGUAUGUGUCUGUGCCUCGCUUUCCCUUGCUUUCUAUGAUUCUUUGACUCAGGGCACUAAAUAUUUUGACAGUGUUGAGACAGCUUCUUUGGAUUUGUUAUUUUAUAAGCAAAUCUCGUCUAAAACUUCAAAUACGAGUCAUUCUAAGCCUUUCCAGCAUGGUGAAAGAACAUACUUAGCACACACAUGCACGUACAGGAAAAAAGCAGUUCCUAAAAUGUCAUGUGAGUUUCUGUUUUCAGUCACUUCAGAAACAGGACUGAUGGUACUUGCUCCCCGACACACUGGAAUACCCUGCUUCGCUCGGCUACAGAAUGCCUCAACUCCUGGGUAACAGCAGUUCACAUGAGCAGGCUGCUGAACAUUAUGCAUCAGAAUCCAUUGUCUCCAUUGCUAUCUUCAUCAUCAUUUUCAUCAUAGGUAUCCCAGGCAACGGAUUGGUGAUCUGGGUAGCUGGUCUGAAAAUGAAAAGGUCUGUGAACAUUGUCUGGUUCCUAAACCUUGCUGUGGCUGACUUCAUUUGCUGCCUAUCCUUGCCAUUUUCCAUUGUUCACCUGGCCCUCCAUGAACACUGGCUGUAUGGUUGGUUGCUCUGCAAAGUCAUCCCAUCAGUCAUAAUCUUCACCAUGUUUGCUAGCGUCUUCCUACUUACGGCCAUCAGCAUUGACCGGUGCCUUCUUGUGAUGAAACCUGUCUGGUGUCAGAAUCAUCGAACAGUGAAAUCUGUAUCACUAAUAUGCAGUGGCAUUUGGAUCCUGGCCUUCAUUUUCUGCUGUCCUGUCUUCCACUACCGUGAGACUAGCACUCAUGAUGGCAAAACUGAGUGUGGGUACAAUUUUGGAGAUCACAUAGCGCUGGAUUAUGUAGAUAGUCCUGUAAAUGAGUUACAGGAAGCAUACUCACCUUUAGACUACAGCGGUAAUGACUCCUGGGUUAAUGUCUAUGAGGGUGAUUAUUCUGUGUCACUUGCCUCAGUGGCAGUAAACAUCACUAGGACUGUCUUUGGCUUCCUACUCCCCUUUGGCACAAUGGCAGUUUGCUAUCCCCUCAUUGGUUUCAAAAUGCAUGCAAACCAGUUUCACAAGCCACGCAACAGAAUGCUGAGAACGAUUGUGCUCGUGGUAGCUGCAUUCUUCAUCUGCUGGGCUCCGUACCACGUAGUUGGGAUUCUGUACCUUAUACCUACUCUUGGAACACAACUGAGGCAGUCACUGAUCCUCUGGGAUCACCUCUCUACAGCACUUGCAUAUGCCAACAGCUGCAUGAACCCCCUGCUCUAUGUUUUUGUGGGGCGGGACUUCAGGGCAAAGGCACAACAAUCACUGCGAGGAAUCUUGGAAGGUGUCUUUACUGAGGAGCCAACACAUUCCAUCCCUUACUCUCUUCACAGAAGCAAGACUUCAACAGAGAAGGACAGUAGCAGCACAGUGUAACGCAAGACUUCCGAUCACCACUGUAGAAAGAGGAGCUAUGGCCCUGCGCAUCGAUCACUCUCCACUUAACAGCUUUUUGUCUUUCUCCAGCACAUUUGAUUAAUCUGCAGCUCUACACCCAAGGCACUGAGAUGGUUCAGCUCAUGACAGCAAACCCCCUUUAUAGCCUAGAGAGAUGGGAAGUUGAAGUACCAAGAGUAAUAAUCUCUGGGAAGAUGCUGGUGAAGGAGGAGACAGAGUAUUUCAACAUUUAAAGGAAGAAAGCAGGCUUGCAGAAUGAUUUGUGGUGGGAUCAUGUAGUUUAACCUCUGAAUUGCUAGAUGAGAACAUCAUUAGAGUUAUUUGUGUAUGUCUACAUUCUACAUUGCCUGUUUCUGAUAAACUGCAGAUGAAAGUAA